AUGAGACUUCUCACACAUAACCUGCUCGCGUGCCACGCCAAGGCAUGUCAAACGACAUCGAACAACUUCCCACUCAUCCUCAAAGACGUACAGCUCGAGCUGAUCGAAGCGGAAUCCAACGAGACGUUCAUCAAGGGAUUUUUGCCCAAGCUUGACUGGCCAGCGCUGGUCAAGACUGCGAGAAGCUUGGGUGACACUUCGUUGCCAGACCAGGGACCGGACCCUUCACAGCCGCUGGAAGACGAGGCGCUCAUCAAAUUGUUACACCAUGUUCUGCUCGAGAUUCACGUGGUCGAGGGCCAAAUGAUCUGCCCUAACUGCCAACACAUCUAUCAGAUCCGCAGCGGCAUUCCAAAUAUGCUGCUGGCUGAACACGAGAUCGGAAAGUGA